CCUCUCCCAGCCACCGUAGUUUGACGUCACUCAAACCAACAUGGCGCUUCUCUGUCGGAGUAAUUUCAAAAUUCUCUUUAGAUGUUUUUGGAAAUUAAAGCCUCCGAAAAGGUUUUUCUGCGCUGCAGAGUUUCCGGAAAAAAAGAAUCCUCCUGGAAGUGGCCGUGUGUUCUCAGGGAUCCAGCCAACAGGAGUGCCACAUAUAGGCAACUAUUUGGGUGCCCUGGAAAAUUGGGUGGCCCUGCAGAACCAGUACCCUUCAGUGCUGUACAGCAUAGUGGACCUGCACUCUAUCACCCAGCCUCAGGAUCCAAACCAGCUCAGGAACAACAUAUUGGACAUGGCAGCCAGCUUGUUGGCAUGUGGCAUCAACCCAGAAAAGGCAAUACUCUUUCAGCAGUCUCAG